CCUCGCUGCUGCUCAGGGCGGCUUCGGGGGGGCUGCAGCGAGGUGCGUUUUGCGCGCCUACCCCGAAAGGCUGCAGAAGCGGCGCCUCUAGUUUCUAGGCGGUGGGGGAUGGCGGCUGCUUUGGAGCUGCUCUUGCGGGACGAGGUGGCAGCCGGCGCGGUGGUGCGGUGGCUGAAGUCGAGCCAGAGCUGCGCCGAAGAGGACACACCAAUUCACCCCAAACUUGUUGCCCUUAAGUUGCUUCAAAAAGACUUUGUUCCUUUUCUGUUGAACUACAUCAGGGAACAGACUAGUCAGAUAUUAACCCAUGGACCAUCUACUCCUGCUAAAAUUCCAAAUUCCAAGAUCUUGAGAAAUUCUAGUAACUAUAGGAACCAAAGGACUGGAUCUGAAAAAAAGUUCCAUACUAGUAGCUGUCGAGGAAAACUUUUCUUUGAUAUAGUUCCUCCUAGCUUGCAGUCUCCAAAUACCAGUAUUUCUGCUUCAGAAUUACAUGGAUCUUCUGUUGUUAAUGGGUCAAGUGAACUGAAUUCCAGUAAUGAUCUUUUAAAAGUGGAUCUCAGCACUAGCUCAAGUGUGGGUUCCAGCCCUGUUUUUUCUCGCGGUGAGAGACGAUUUGCUCAGAAAACAAACUUGGGAAGUUUUCUUGUUGCUGCCCCAAUAAGGCGAAGCAGGAGAAAAGGAAGCAAUUGUACAAGUGGUUCUGGUCGGCCAAUGGGACAUGAUGUAGGAAGAAACACAAAUGAUGAAGUGAAAAGUGAAAGUUCCCCAUUCUCUUCAUUGAGACAGAAGAAACCGAGUGAAAUGAAUCUUGUUUCCAAUUGUUCACCAUCUGACCAGCUUAACUUACAUGAUUUGGAGGAGUUUCCACCCAUGAGUGUUACUGGAAAAAUAAACAAAACCACACCAUCAAGAAGAAUAAAUCCUACUCCUGUGAGUACUGAGAGAACGCUGUCCAAACCCAAAAUAUGCUUCACUUCUACACCUGUUGGCAACUCUCAAGUUCAGUCUGGAGCAAGUUCUGAGAACGUGACUGAUUCUCUGGAAAAGAAUUUAACUUCUAUUACAGGAAGCCUUCAGGAAGAAAGAGAGAUGUUGAAGAAAGAAAGAUCUAAAUUAUUGCAUCACACGCCUUCCUCUUUAAGUUUAUCUCUGGAUUCUGGCACACCCACCAAAUCUAAUGUUGGUUGGAAUGUGUAUCUCCAAACUGAAAACCAGUCAGUAGCCUCAGCUGAUGUCAACAAAGUGACUUACAGAAAACAGCUGGAACACCUAGCUGAGCUUUAUUCCAUUUGCAUAGCAGAAAACCUCGUGCCAAAUAUCUUCUCAGAGCUUUUCUUUGUAUUGCAGCUGCUAACAGCAAAGGGAACUUCCUUUGCAGAAGAUAGGGAGAGUGACAUGGGAUUUAUGGAACAGAAUACAGAUUUGAUUGAGAGGCAGCACUUUCACAGUAUACACAACUGUGUUUACUUUGCUGUGCAAGUUUUGGAUUAUCAGUUUGAAAUUGUUUCUCAUUUAGAGAAAGGGACGCUGAAGCUUCUUGCUGAGAAUGACAGAAUUGCAUCUUUUUCCCUUGGCUUGCAUGAGAGGCUAAUGGCAGCCUAUGAAAACACAACAGCAAAGGUUUCUGUCUGGUUGCCUUCAUAUGUGCAGUCAGUUUCUUUUCAACCAGAAACUGACAAUCGAUCUAACUUUUCCAGUGAUAAGGCAUUUCAUAUAUUCAAGAAGCAAAGAGAUAUUUUUUAUGAAUUGCUGCGUGAAUGGGAAGAUAACUUUGAAAAAACAGGUUGGGAUUUUGAGAAAUGUCUAGGAGAUAGGAUCAGAGUUAUGAUGGCACAUCUUUCAGCAGCUUGUAAUUAUAUUCACUUUGCCCGGCUCUUUCAGAAACAGCUUCUUCAGAUGUGUAAAGGAUCAGUUGGUGGAGGCACAAGUUGGGGAGAUACUCCAGACCAGGAUGUCCUCAACAUGUUAGGUCCAGAUAAUCUGAACCGACUGAAGAGGCUUCAAGAGAGAUUUCUUGUUCCUCAGAGCAUCAGAGGACCCUGUCCUCCUCCUUCUUUCCCAGGAUGCCAAGAGUUUUUCAGGGACUUCAUCCUCAGUGCAGGGAGCUACCGAUUUAAUCAACACCUGGUAGACAGUUUGUGCCUGCAAAUACUUGAGCUGGACAGCUUUGCCUUGGUGGAACAUGAACCCAGUGAUGGAGAAGCCACGAGCGAACAGGAUGAAAAGAAGCAUUUUGCCAGCGUUCUUAUGAGCCUUCGACUCCUGGCUAAAUUUGUGGGAUUCCUUGUCUUUCUGCCGUAUCGCACAUCAGAACCAGCGACUGGAGAUCUCUUGGAGUCAGCAAUCGCAUUAAGGAAUCACGGCCAUCCUGUGCUGGAUAUUUUCAAGUUGUUGAGACAGUCCAUUCAGAAACAAUGUAUGGUCCUGACUGUUCCAUGGGUGGUUGAAUUUCUUUCUCUCAUGGAUUACAUUGCUCCAUUUCUUAAUUACUAUGAAAAAACAUUUGCUCUGCUCUUGCAACUGUACAGGUAUCUGCUACUUUCUGAAGAUAAAAAAAUGUGCUUCCUGAAUAAGCUACUGAUCCUUGCAGUUUUAGGAUGGCUUUUUCAAGUGCCGACUGUCCCAGAAAACUUGUUCUUUGCUGGUGAAGUGAGAUUGGACGAAUUGUCUUUGGAAUCUGUAACCACAUCUCAGGCUCUGGAUUCUGUGCCUUUGGUUGAUCAACAGUUGCUUUAUACCUGUUGUCCUCACCUUGGGGAAUUGAGGAAAUUACUGUCUUCUUUUGUGUUGGGAAGUGGAGGAAAAAAUGGUGGCUAUAUAAGAAAAAUAACCCCAACUGCUACAGAGGCCUUAGCUCCAAAGCCUUCCCUCGCUCAGCAAAAACUUCAGGCAGAUCUGCAACAAGCCUUCUUUCACAAUCAGUCCCCAUCUCUACGGAGAACGGUAGAAUUUGUGGCAGAAAGAAUUGGAUCAAACUGUGUCAAGCACAUCAAGGCAACCCUGGUAGCAGAGCUGGUGAAAAGAGCUGAAGUCAUUUUGCAGGAUGCUAUGAAGGCAGAAGAUGGCAAUCACGACAAAUUAUUGGAUGCAGUAUGUUCACAAUUGUAUCAAGAAGGAGCACAAGCUCUUAUCCAAGGCAAAGAAUUUUGUAGGAAGAAGGCCCCUGAGGCUGUGAAAAUCCUGCUGCCAGAAGAGACCUCUGCAGCUGUUUUGAACUGUGCAGCAAAUAUUGCAGUGGGACUGGCUAUCGAGAAGGCCUGCAGUUGGCUUUCUACAAAUAUUGCAGCCCUGAUCAAGAGAGAAGUGAAAGCUACCUUCAGUCGCAUGCUAAAAGUUCAGAUGCUUUCUCAGUCCAGUGCCAAUGAAAUUAUAUUAAAGAAGGACUGCCCUCCAGACUGCCACCAUCAAACAGCAUUCCCUUCCCAGAUAAUCAGUGAAAUGAAGGAUCUGCUCUGUAUUGCUAUAGGCCCAAGAGAAGAAAAUGAAGAAGUCCAGUUUGCUGACUUGGAAAGCUUGUUGGGAAGGGUGAGCCAAACACUUCAGUGUAGAAAGUUCAUCUGUCCAGCAUCAGAGCAACAGCUGGCUAAGUGCACCAUUGAGCUGGCAUCACUGCUAGUUUCAGAUCGUGUUCCAAUUCAGGAGCUGAACUUUCCGUCUCCCAAAAUGCCAGAGCAGCAGCAAUCGAAAUAUCACCUCAUCUCCAGUCUCCUGAAAUCUCUGCUGUCUAUCUGGAAAGAUAAUUUUCAGGCACCUGUACCAUUGCACCUGAUGUUCAGUCAAAAAAACAUCACCUACCUUGCAGGCAGCAAAGAUCAUGAGUGGGGCUUGUUUUUAUUCAUGCUUCAUGGCCUCGUUGAGCAUGGAUUGAUGACGAGUACAGAGAUAGAGCAUGGUUUGCAUGACCUCCAGAAGCAGACGUGGCCUUUGGACUUUUCCAAGGAAUUAGAAGCUGUGUUAAGAAUAUUCAUUUCCAAAACUCACACUACAGAGCCAAAGCCUUUUGCUUGUGAUUUAGGAUCGCAGCCAAGAGAAACGGUUGCAGCCCAAAGUUAGCAGAAUUACCCAUGUUUAAAAAUUGUUGGGAUUGCUUAUAAAUGCCCUGACAAAAUUGCACUCAAAGUUAGUAUGAAUCUUAUCCUCAAAGAUGACGUCGUUCCAGUGCACCGUACUGAAGGACAAGGAAAAAGCCCAUUCAAGCACCUUAAUUAGAACUGCAGGAACAAAACUUUUUUUGUAUAGAAAUAUGUGGCUUCCAAGUUCCAGAAUCUUUACAGAUGGGUGAAACACACUGUUUCUAACAUGAAGGGGAUUCUUUCUUUGCGGUGAAUCCCAUUGAGCCAUUGACAAGUAAAACUAAAUGUAAGCUUGGUAUUUAAUCGGGUAUUUAAUAGAUGCUCAUACUUGAUUUUUUUCAAGUGAACUUUGUCUGGAAAUAUAAUCAUUGCUGUCAGAGCACUAAUAUUGGCUUGGAAUUUUUUUUAAAGGGUGCCUGCCCUUGCCACAUUUUGUAUUUGUGAUUUUCUAAUGGAGAAAAAAAUAGUUUUAUGAGGAGUAUUGUUUUGAAUGAUGCCACCAUUUAAUUAUAAACUGAAAUAGUUACUUUUAAAAGUAUUUAUAUAGAAGAUGGCUCUACAAUCUUGCCAAUAGAAAAGGCUGAGAAAAGGACUGACAUAACUUUACUUUGGUAGGAGCCUGAUUUUCCCAUGGAUUGUAUUUCUUCCUUUCUCUUUUUCUUGCACUAUAGUAGUGUAGUUUUCUUUUGGAAACCUGCUUGUUUUAUUAUUAAAGAUAAUGCGUGAAAUUGGUGCAUGCUACAAAUUGUCUUUUUAUGUCUUCCUUAGAAGUGAUCCCCAAAAUUUUCUGAAUUUCUAGAUGAGAUGGCUACUGAGUUAGUUUUUGCUGGGCUAUUCACAAGCUCUAUUCUAAAAAAUUGUGGAAAAUACAUGGCUUAAGCCAUUGUUUCUCAACCUUGGCCAGUUGAAGAUAUCUGAACUUCAACUUCCAGAAUUUCCAAGUCAGUGAAGCUGGCUGUGGAAUUCUGGGAGUUGAAGUCCACGCUUCUUCAACUUGCCACGGGUGAGAAACAUCUUAAGUUAUUUACUCCGGCACUGUAAAAUACUAAGACUUAUUUUGUUGUUGGGGGAGGGGGGGGCAAAGAAUUCAACAGGAAAAAUGCCACUUUUAGCCAUUUUCUAUAUAUAUAUAUAUAAAGUAUUUAUUGUGAGGAUAUGAAAAUAGCAAUCUUGGUUAAAAGCAGAUAUGGGCUGAAGGUAUGUUUCAAUAAAGUGGUAUAUUUUGUCACAUUCAAUAAAAGAUUUUGCCCCACUUUAAGACUAUUCUUCCUACCCAGGCAUUCACAGGUACCAUAGUGUUAUAAGUGCAAAAAAUAUUAUAUAAAUAUAUUUUAAUGUAACAAUUAUUUCUAGAAAGCAUACAUUAAUUGAAUAACUGUAAACAUAAUUGGCUUCAGCAUAUAAAAUUUCAAAAUAAGUAUAUAUAAAUAACUUAAGUUGUAAACAUAGAAAUAAACAGUUGUAUGCAGUUAUAAAAAUAAAUAUCUGACGCUCUGUACAAUAAAACAUCCUUUGACAAGCACAUCCGCGUUAUGAGAGGAGUCCAUCUUAGAUGUGCCUUCUAAAAUUGCUUGAUUCAUUAUUAGGGGUGCCAGGUUCAAAAAGUAAAGAAAAAAAUAAAACACAGCCGGCGAUUCUUGGAAUGCAAUCCUAGAAUCAGAUCUGCUUCCCAUCUUACAUGAUGUGAUUUCUGAUAGAGAAGAUAAUCUCCAACUCCCACUUCAAAUAACACAGAGGACAACAAAGCUAGUAUUUCUGAUGCUACACAUUAUUUCUAUUGUUGUAUCAGCUGCUUGGCCUCGAUCAACAUUUGUCAGUCACCGUCUGUGCUUUAUUUGGAUCGUCUGGCGCUUAUGCUUGUGCUACACGCCAAGUUGAUGUCUACGUAACAAAGCCGUCAGUAUGCACUGAAAUAUACUUUCAUUUAUGCUGCCCACAGUCUCCAACUAAUUUAUAUCAGUGCAUUAGUUUUACACCCUGUUGUUUAAAAAAAAAACAAACGCAAGCAGUUCCCUUUAAGAUUCAAAGGCACUUUCCACAUAUAUGUGGGGAAUUCUCUUUACCUUGUCCAGCAAAAAUAAGAUAUGGAAAACACCAUGUUGUCUGUGGGCAGCCUCCAAAAAUCUGUUGUUUCUUACUAUUUUAUGCUACCGUAAUUACUAAACUUAAUUGCCAGCCAAUUAAUAUUGAAGAACAGUGACAUGUUUUACAGCCUUUUUGUCUUUUCUCUCGCAAACUCUCAGUUCUUUUUUAAGGAACAAAUAUCAUUUAGGAAUUUUUACUUCAUAAAAUGCCUCAAGUAAGUUAGGGGCAGUUGUAGUAAAGGACUGGAUGUAAAACCUUCAGCUCUCAAGGGGAGAAUAAUAAGUCACCCUCCAAUUCAGUUUGACUCCUGGGGAACAUGCAGGCAUAAUCAUUCAAUUUUCUUGACAAGAAAUGUGCCACUGUCUUCCUCCAAGAUUAGCAAGUUUCUAAAUACUAAAAGCUGACUGGCAGAACAUGGUAAAUAGGUAUCAGCAAUUCUAGGUUACAUAACUUGAUUUGUAUUCUUAGAAAUAACCUGAAUCAGAUAGGGUGCACAUUCACAUGAAUAAAACCUACUUUCAAACACUAAUUGCUAUAGGAACAGUAAGGAAUGAGAAUGUUAAUUCUAUGCUUGUUCACUUUAAACCUAAUUAUGUGAGUGGUUUGACAUUUAUUAUACAAUUAUAUUUAUUACUAAAAAAACAGACAUUGAAGGAUGUAAGUAUAAAAAUGUAAUUUUAUAAAGCAGCUUAUGGGGAAUGCAAAUUGAUAACAAACAGUUGCGGCUGAGAGAUUUGAUUUUCAACCCAAUAAAAGUCAUGGGGUAAAACCAUGGUGGAUUUCCUCUGCUUUGAACUUAUUUUCAUUACCGUUGAUCCUGUUGCUCUUCCAAGAAAAGAAGAGUAGCAAGGAUAUUUGCUGAAUGAGAUGCUGUGAUAGGAAUUCCUCUCCAGCAUUCAGAAUGUAUGUAGGAAACUUGCAGUUGUGUUAAUGCUGCUGUCUUAUUGGUUUUCAAUGUGUAGUCUUAUGGUGGAGCGAUUCUGUAGUGCGAAAAAGUGUAUCCUAUAGCAGAACAUUGUCUCUCUUCCUGAGUUGCAUUUCUGACCAAGAGAAAGCAAAAACCAGUUCUCAUUUUCACAACUUAGUACUCCCUUGAGAGUGCUGCUUCUCCAGCCAGUAAUACUGUGGAGUUGUUACGCAUUUUUCAUUGAUCAGGCACUCUACAAAGAGUUUUAAAGUAGCUUAGUUUAGCUUCCAAAAUGAAAUGUUCCUUACAAUAA